ACAUGACCGAGCGGAAGUAGAAGAUCUCAGAGGCUAGGAAGGUGGAGACGCAAGGAUCGGUGAGGCUAGCUUCAGCUUCACCUCCCUCACUGAUUUCAGCAUGGGGGAGAAAUCAGAGAACUGUAGAGUUCCAGAGGAUCUGCUCAAUGGUUUGAAGGUUACAGAUCCCCAGGAAGCAGAGUGUGCCAGCCUUCCAGUUCCUGAUCCCAAAGAUCAGCAUUUCCAGAGCAAACUGCUCAAGGAUGAUCAUCCCCAGGAGGACCAGGGAGAAGAGGAGUGUUUUCAUGACUGCAGUGCCUCAUUUGAGGAAGAAGAGCCAGGAAUGGUUAAGAUUGAGGAAAAACCUGAUGAUGACGUGAAUUCCUCUGAACUAGAUGAAGAAUACCUAGUAGAACUGGAAAAAAACAUGCCAGAUGAAGAGAAACAGAAAAGAAGAGAAGAGAGCACUAGACUAAAGGAGGAAGGAAAUGAACAGUUUAAGAAAGGAGAUUAUAUAGAAGCUGAAAGUUCUUAUAGUCAAGCCCUUCAGAUGUGCCCAUCUUACUUCCAAAAAGACAGGUCUAUUCUGUUUUCAAAUAGAGCUGCUGCAAGGAUGAAACAGGACAAGAAAGAGAUGGCCAUCAGUGACUGCAGCAAAGCAAUUCAGUUAAACCCCACCUAUAUUAGGGCAAUAUUGAGGAGAGCAGAGUUGUACGAGAAAACGGACAAGCUAGAUGAAGCCCUGGAAGACUAUAAAUCUAUAUUAGAAAAGGAUCCAUCAAUACAUCAAGCAAGAGAAGCUUGUAUGAGAUUACCUAAGCAAAUUGAAGAACGUAAUGAAAAGCUAAAAGAAGAGAUGUUGGGUAAACUAAAAGAUCUUGGGAACUUGGUUCUCCGGCCUUUUGGGCUCUCCACAGAAAAUUUCCAGAUCAAACAGGAUUCCUCUACUGGCUCUUACUCCAUCAAUUUCGUUCAAAAUCCAAAUAACAACAGAUAACAAAGAUAACAAUCACUUUAAAAGCUGACUUGGAAAUUGUGUGCUGCUUGCUGUUAGCAAGGGGAAAGGCCCUGGCAGUGUUUAACUUUUAAAAGCAUCUUAUCCAAAAGAAAGGCUAUCCAGUAGAGCCUAGUGCUCCCCUUUCCCUCUUGUUUUAUGAUCAGGGUGGAAUGUACUUCCUCAUGUAAUGAGCCUAAUUUGAUUUACAUUUUAAGGUUGUGUCUGUGCAGCUGUUAUCCCUGGUUCUGGCUGUCCUUUGUUCAGGAGGAAGCCUGCUUAUCAAGGCUGACCUCCCUUAGCCACACAAACACACAAGCCCAGCAAAAGCCGUUCUUGAACCGAACAAAUCUGUUGGGAGACUGCCCAGACAUGACUGAUGGGAUUCCUGCCUGCCGUCCCCCUCCCUAAUCAUACAUGCUAACAAGGCUACCAUGCGUGGUCUCCAGCAUUUCCCGAUUUCCUCUGUGGUAAUAAAGGCUUUCUGUGAUGGUCUGGG